AUGGGCGUAACAAUUUUGACGCAAUUUAACACAGAAAACCGCAGCGGUCCCCAAAACAUAGAGAUACUAUCCAAGCGCAUACUGGCGUUGGGGGCCACGCAACAGGGCCAGUUCCUCGUAGACUGCGAGACUUACACCUCCGUGCCCCAAUUAGGCCACCAAAGAACUGUACACGUACUCCACAAUUCCGAACAACCGGCCACAGUGUUCUCUUUGCUAGAAACUGGAGCCAAAACCAUUCCACUUGCCACAGAUGGGCUCUUCGACCUGCUCAUGAUGAAAAUGUCGCACUUCUACACGUCCAAGAAGCAAACCAAGUCAGAGUCGAAAGGGCCCAGGUAUGAGAUUGGCGAUUUUUGUGUCAAGUUGGGUACUGUAACAGUGAGCAGCAAUUUCAAAGGUGUCCUGGUGGAAGUGGAAUACAGACCUUGCGUGGUGCCGGCCAUGUGCUGGGAUUUGCUGAAGGAGUUCCUGCAGGGGUUCCUGGGGCUUUCAGGACCUACAACUCCACCUACUUACCUGCAGAAUAGGAUGCAGGAGAACUAUUCGCCCAUUGAUACUAUUCAUCAGUAUUUGGAGCACUUCACAAUGUUCAGGAAGUCCCCUGGGAUUGGGAUGAGGCCUUAA